CUAGACUCACACGUGAACCGAGCAAACGGCUGCUUCUACUUUAAUUAGCAGAAAAAGAAAUAAAAAACAAGAAAAAUUAUGGAUAAAGGCGACAACCCCUCUGCCACAAUCUGCAGGUUAUGUGGGGAAGCCUUCAAGCUUCCUGAGGAUAACAAUGAUGGCAACCUCCCUCGCGUGCUGUUAUGUGGCCACACUUUCUGCACGUUUUGCAUGCAGUCCAUACAAUGCAAUGAUGUCAUCGUAUGUCCAGAUUGUGAGGUGGAGUUCACCCUUCCUGAAGGAGGGGUUUAUGGUCUUCAGGAAGAGAGCAGAAUCGUAGGUCUCAUCUAUACUGCUAGAAUGAACAAGAUGAAAAGCUUCCAGUCUGAAAGAUCCAAAAAUCGCAAAAGAAAAAAAUUCCCAGUCCGUGGACACAUCAAUGCUAGUGCUAAGCAUGAGGAGCAGAGGACAGACAUUGUAAAGAUUGAGAGGACAGUGGAUGAGGCCUUGGUCCAGGCUGCAGAAAAUCUCAAACAGCUUGAGCUCCUCCAUGAGACGCUGACGACCGGUCAGGCAGGACAAGCGAGGAGAGGCCGAAAACAGCUGGAGAUGGAGAUAGAACAGGCCACAGAAAAGGCUUCACAGGCUAUUCAAAAGUGGAAGGUUCUCCAGAUGGAUAAAUUAUCCAAACUGGAGGUCCAGGUCCCCAGCAGCCAAGCGGAGGUUUCCCACAUUAAGGAGAGGAUCGAGGCUUUGAAGAUCGCCAUGCAAAUGGCCAGGGAAAUCCGCCGUGUGCCCUUCCUGGAGCAGUACUGCAUCCUGGACAGGGUCCUUGAGACUCUUCUGGCUCCUGUGGAUGGCAAAUCCCACGAAAUGAGCUGUGUACCGAUGGGUUCCGAAAUGAGCUGUGUUUUGCAGUUGGAGAGUCUGAACCAGAGUUUGGCCUUGUCUCUGAGGAUGGAAGAAUCCGGCCCAAAGCACGAUCGGACCGAUCGCUCCAACGGGGAAUCUCCGAUUAAAAAACACCCGGAAGAUAAAGAUAAAGACUGCCAUGGUAUCACACCCAGGCAGAACAACCCUCCCACCCCCCUGAAGCAGGACAGGGGAAGCCCGGGGGGGGACUGUGCUUCCUCCUGGGGAUCCCCUCCGAUCCCAAAACCCCGCAGCAGAAUCGGUCGCCCUCUCCAGACCUCAUCCUCCGACCUCACAAGUCCAGACAUCAUCAUUGAGGAGUUUUUAGAUGAAGAACAAGACGCUAUUCCUCCCACUGGUCCAGAGUUGGCCAAUGACCAAUGGAGAACCUGCAGGAAGAAAAAAAAUGUCUUCCCUCUUCAUAAGACAAAAGUGAUGCAGUGGGUGGUGGUCACCCAUGUGGUGAAUCCGAGUCACUUCUAUGUCCGCUACGUGGCCGAGAGGCGGGAAAACGAGGUGCUUUCAAAAAAGAUUAAAGACCUCUGCCGUGGAAAUGGCUGCUGCUUCACUCUGCAGGACAAAGUGGAGACUGGCUGCCUCAUUUUUGUGAAGUGUAAGGAAGCACUGUGGUGCCGCAGCACCAUGAUCGAAAUCUUCCAAAAAGGCUCUGAGGAGCCUGUGGAGUCCUGCCCGGUCUCACAGCUGGCCAGGAUCCGAGUCUUCUUCCUGGACUACGGCUUCACCAAAAGCAUCACCAUACAGAGCUCCUUUCCCAGAGACGAGGGCGUGGCCGAGUCCACGCUGAAGGCUGUGAACGGCCACCUGAGGAAGGCGGCUGAGGCUGUAAAGGCGGAGCUGUCCCGAUUCGCCCCACAGGCCAUCAGAUGCUCACUCAAGGACCUGGUCCCAUUCGACCCAACAAUGGGAUGGAGUAAAGAGGCACAGUUUGAAUUCCACAGUGUUGUGGGCUCUGCAGCAGUGAAGAUGCAACCUUUGGGUCAGGACAGAGACUGUUUGUUGGUGGAUCUCAGAAAAGCUCCCAUGGAACAAUCCACCGACGUGCCCUUCUCUGUCAGAGAGUACCUUGUUUUCAUUGAGGUGGCCAGGUUUUACUCUCCAAUGAGACCUGUCUGGAAGCCUCUGACAUACUACCCCCCAGUUUAUCCCGGGCUGAACAGGGAAGUGGAUGCUGUGGUGUGCCACAUCAACACCCCUUCACACUUCUACAUUCAGCUGGUCGACAACAUGGAGACGUUGUUGCUCUCAGCCAAACUUCAGGAUUGUUACAAUAUUUCGACAGAGUUUGGGGAAGACAAACUCAAAAUCUACUGUCCUGUGAUUGGACAGCCCUGCGUGGCCCGGUUUGAGGACAAGCUGUGGUACAGAGCCCAGGUCAUAGGUCAUCCGGGGGACAGAAAGGUGGAAGUGCAGUAUGUGGAUUUUGGAAAUAAGAAAAUCUUGUCAGUUAGCGACUUGAGGAAAAUCAAAGACGAGUUAUUUGCUCCUCCUGCAAAGGCAAUCCAGUGCUGUUUUGCAGAUGUGAUUCCUCUGGAUGGAGAGGCCUGGAGUGAAGCCUCCAUUAGCAGAUUCAUCAGCCUAGCUCACCAGCAACUCAUCACUAUCGUGGCUACAGGAACCGUCCCAAAGUCUGAGCCUUUACCCCUCAAAGUGUUUAAGAGUGACUUAGGUGGCCCGAAAACCAACUUAGCCGAGUUGCUGGUUAAAGAGGAUCUGGCUCGCUUCAAAGAUGGACUGAAGGCCAAGCAUGCCAAAGCCCCUCUGGAUGAUUUAACCAUAUGGGACCCCCCCCUCGAGCUCGAUGGGGGGGUCCCAGAGGAGGUGGACUCCCCCGACCAGAAACACCCAGAGGAGCAGAACGAGGAGCUGUUUCAGCCUCAGCUUCUGCCGCUGGCUCAGCUCAAAAAGCUGAAAGUCAGAGUCAGCUGUGUCAGCUCCCCCAACAGCUUCUACGUCCAGUUCACCCAGAACAACGCUCAGCUCGAGAGGGUGUGUGAACUGGUGAAGCAGGAGUGUGGACAGAUGAAGCCCCAGGAUGUGGAGUGGCAGGAGGACGACUACUGUGCGGCAAGCAUUAACGGAGUCUGGGAAAGGGGCCGGAUCUGUUCAGUCGACCCGUCGAGCAACACUGCAGAAGUGAGACGCUGUGAUUAUGGCAGCGUCGUUAAGGUGCCCGUCGGGGACCUGAGGCCUCUGCCCUCCUCCCUGACAGGCUCUCUGGCUCUGGAGUGCACUCUCAGUGGGAUCAGGCCUGCAGGAGGCCGAACCACCUGGACCGACACGGCCUGUGACCUCAUCUCAUACUACCUGACCGGCACCUCGGCUGUGAUGGACAUCAAGGAGUUAACGGAGGAGCGUCCGGUUCCUGUCACUCUGUCCUGCUCCAACAAAAUGGGCCGGUUUAUCAGCAUAGCCGACUUUUUGGUCGGCGAGGGACUCGCCCUAAGAGAAAGAACAACGAGAGAUCCUGGGGUCCAGCAGCUCAAAGGCUCCGAAGCCCAGACUCCAGACGGUGAAACUCAGGCUGUCGGGGAGGAACCAACCAGCACCGAUCCAGCUCUGUUUCUGGAUCUUAUCCCCAACUCAACGCCAAAAGCUUCUGCACCAGCGCGCCCAAAACCGCCCCCCCGCUCCAUUGCCACUGCUGAAAAGGUGACGACUGCUUUGUACCAGCCUCCAGAGCUGCCGGGUGUCGGCCCGAUGCAGGUCGGCGUGUCGGCCAUCGGGGAGGACGGCCUCAUUUAUGUCAGGACGCUCAACGCAGAGGGCCAGCUGGUGCAGCUCAGGGAGCGGAUCCAGCAGAGCAUCAAGACGCUGCCCAGACAGAAGCCCUACACCUGGAGGUCGGUGCGGGGCUGUGCCGUUAUCGGGCCGGACAUGCUGUGGCACCGAGGGCAGCUGCUGGAGGUCCAGGGAGGACAAGUUAAGGUGCAGUAUGUGGACUGUGGGCAGGUGGAGAACAUCCCGGUGGUGCACGUGUACCCCAUCCUGCUGUGUGAGGACGUCCCCCAGCUCUGUCUGCCCUGCAAGCUGUUCGCCGUCAACCCCGUCGGGGGUAAAUGGCAGCCGGAUGCCGUGGCGUUGAUGAAGGAAGCGCUAAUAAACCGCUCCGUGGAUAUGCAAGUUGUGGAGCUGCCCUCUAACCCCAGGGCCCCCUUCACUGUCGAGGUCUUCCUGGAUGGUUUGAGUCUCAGCAAAAUCCUGUGUCACCACGAGCACGCCUCCAUGGACCGGAGUGUGUCGACUCAAAAGGGGCUCCUGGGGCCGCCUGCUGCCCCACUGCUGGACGACUGGAACUUCAACACCGAGGGUCUGAGGGGUCCGGAGGAGCUGAUGCUGGGGCCUUUCGUCAACCCGAAGCUGCCUCAGGAGGGAGAACACUUCCGGUUGUUCCUUUGGCCUCUGGACCAAACGGAGGAGGGGGAGGCGGACGGAGAGACUUUGGAUGAAGCUUUGAACCGGAUCAACGCUAACGCCCACGAUCUGCCGAGGCUCAGCAGCUUUCCUCUCGGGGGGCCGUGUCUGGCGGAGUACAGCGAUGGGCGGUUCUACCGGGCGCGGCUGCUGAGGAUCACCGGCGUGGAACCCGUCGCCCUCCUGGUGCGCCACGUCGACUUCGGGUCCGACGACACGCUCCCCUCCAGCAAGUAG